CUCUCUCGAGAAGAUAUGAGCCCGACCAUUUGGCACCAAUCAGCUCCAUAUCACUUGUAGAAAUAUCAAACCCGACGAGGCCAUCCAAUAACUCGAUUACGUCCAGCCCCAUUCCUCCAUCUUUCUGAGACCUCCCACCUUGACCAUGGCCGCCGCCGACGACGCGCAAUUCCCCCCACCAAAAGUCCUGACCUACCCCGCGUCAACCCCGCCAACCCUGAUCACACAGGGCGCCGAAGGCCGCCUCUACAAGACAACACACCUCACCCGCGACCGGCCAUGCGCGCUCAAGUACCGCCCGCCGAAGCCAUACCGGCACCCAAUCCUCGACGCGCGGCUGACAAAAGCGCGCCUCUCCUCGGAAGCCAAGGUUCUUGAGAGAUGUUGGCGCGAGGGCGUGCCCGUGCCGGCGGUCUACGCUAUGGACCCCGCGGCGGGGUGGAUGAUGAUGGAGUGGAUCGAGGGUAUUCCCGUGCGGGUGGGAAUCAACCAGUGGCUUGGUGAGAGGCCUGAGGAAGGGGCGGAAAUACCCGAGGGGGCGGACGAGACGCCGCUUGUCGACUUGAUGAAGAGGAUCGGAGCUGCCAUUGGAGCUCUGCACAAGACUGGGGUGGUGCACGGAGACUUGACGACGAGCAACAUGAUGCUGAGGCCGGUGCAGGGGGGUCAGGCUAAUGGGGGCGCUGGGAAUGAGGGCAAGACAAGAGCGGUGGAAGGAGAUGUAGUCCUCAUUGACUUUGGGCUGGCGACGCAGAGCAUGUCUGACGAGGACAGGGCCGUCGAUCUCUACGUACUCGAGAGAGCGUUCGCCAGCACACAUCCAAGGGCCGAGAGGCUGUUUGCCACGUUACUCGAGUCUUACAAGUCCACGUUCAAAAAGGCAUCCUCGGUCUUGAUAAAGCUGGAGGAUGUUAGGAUGCGUGGACGCAAGAGGAGCAUGCUAGGGUAGUGGAAGAAGCGAAAAGAUACCCAAUACUCAAGGUCCCAACACGGCAGAAAUAUCUCGCUCGAUUCAUGAGUAUGCAUGCUGUCCGUAAAAUCCAAAUGCAACGCUUGC